AUGGCCAAAGGACAACAAUAUCUAAAUAAUCUUCUUAAUAAAUUAGAAAAAGACUUAGUUAUUAACAACAAAGAUUUAGAAGGAGAACUAGACCUAAGUGAGUUUAUAAAUCUAGAAAGAUUGUAUUGUCCUAACAAUAGAAUAACUAGUCUUAAUUUGAAUAAAAACAAAAAUUUAUUAGAACUUUAUUGUUCUGAAAAUGAACUAACUAGAUUAGAAUUAGCCAAAAAUACAAAUUUAGAGUUGCAUUGUGCAUUCAACAAAUUGACCAGCCUAAACCUAACAAACAACGAAGAUUUAGUUGAAAUUUACUGUCAAUUUAAUCAAUUAACUAAUUUAGAUCUAACUAAAAAUACACAAUUAGCGAAAGUUUCUUGCAUUAGUAACAAAAUAAAGCACUUAGAAAUAGGGAAAAACAUGAAUAUUACCUCUCUUUUUUGCUUUAAUAACCAAAUUGAUAGUUUGGAUCUAAGCAAUAAUCCUAAUUUAAAUGAACUCGAAUGCUUUAUGAAUCCGCUAGAAUCUGAUAUGAAAUCCAACAUAAAGAUAAAUCAAAAUGUAAAAAAAUUUGGCGGAUACCCCUUAUAUUUUCUUAUCCCUUAUGUAGUAAAGCAAUACGAUGAGAAAGAAGAUUUUAAUGAAUUAAUGAUAUUAAUAAAUAAAUCUGAUUUAGACAAUUUGGUUCAAAAGUUAAGUUUGAAAACUAUUCAAGAUCCUGAAUUAUUAAGGAAAUUUAUCCCUAGAGAAUGUGUGCUAAUGUUUAAUAUUUGUUCAUUAUCUUUACACAUCAUAUUAGACAAUCUUGCUAAUCAACUCUUAGCUCGUUGCUUAAUUGUUCAAAGUCGUUUACAUUUUGGUAAAGAUAUAGAAUACGAAAGCAAUAUAAAUCGAUUGUCGCUGGAAUGA